AUGGAUACCGAUGGCAAAGCGGACCCAGCGCGGCUUCGCUGGCAGGAUGCCGACGAGGAAACGGGAAAUAGAGCUUCCUCGAGGACCGCUAAUCUCACUCGAAAGAACUCAACUGCCUCGAUAGCAUCACAGUUCUCGAUUCGCAGUAUGAACCGCAGGACCACAGUUGAUCCGUCGCUGACGCUUCCAAUCCAUUAUCGUACCAUCUCCUUUGAGAUCGACGAAGGCAAGGAACGGAAGCGAGCUGAGGCCGCCGAAGCUAAAGAUGCCAUCGCUGAUGAUCUUUCAAAUCUCGAAUGGCAUAUCCUAUCCGCGAUAGAACUUCAGAAACAAUGGCAAGUCGAUGCAUCACAAGGAUUAUCUACCGAACAGGCCAAGCAACAUAUCAGCCAAUAUGGAAAAAAUGCUAUUUCGCAUAUGCCACAUCCUUGGGUUUCACAAAUAUUGGGAUACUUUUUCAAAGGGUUUGGGGCAAUCCUACUGAUCGGCUGCAUCCUGGUGUUUAUCUCGUGGAAGCCACUAGGCCAACCACCGGCAGUAGCCAACUUGGCACUGGCCAUCGUUCUGUUGGCAGUGUUCUUUAUACAGGCUGCUUUUAACGCGUGGCAGGACUGGUCAUCUUCCAGAGUCAUGGCAUCUAUCACAGCUAUGCUCCCAGAAAGCUGCCUUGUCUUGCGAGAUGGUUCCCAAAGCAUGGUGCCUGCUUCAGAGGUUGUACCCGGUGAUAUUGUUUACCUCAAGGCGGGUAAUAAACUGCCGGCGGAUAUCCGCUUCCUUGAAGUUUCAAAUGAUGCCUGCCUGGAUCGUUCUAUCUUGACAGUUUUCGGUAGGAUUGCAAAAUUGACAAAUGAGCCCAAGACGGGAUUGUCAACUCUGGAAAAGGAAAUUCUCCGCUUUGUUAUCCUCAUUGUCCUCAUCAUGUUGAUGAUGGUGAUUAUCGUUAUUAUUGUUUGGGCUACAUGGCUCCGGAAAGAUCAUCCUGGCUGGAUCAAUGUUCCUACUUUGAUUGUUGAUUGUGUCAGUAUUGCUAUCGCCUUUAUUCCAGAGGGCCUCCCAAUUGCUCUCACAGCAAGCUUGACUAUCACCGCAGCCCUCAUGAGCAAGAACAAAAUCCUUUGCAAGUCGCUCAAGACAGUGGAGACUCUGGGAGCUGUGUCGGUGAUCUGCUCUGAUAAGACAGGCACGUUGACUAGGAAUCAAAUGUUUGCCACCGACAGUGCGGUUGGCUCUUCGUCUUUCGACCCAGCCGCGAUCAAAGAGGACAUGCUGGGUGUCCAACAUCUACGGUCUAUUGCCGCCCUUUGUAAUGCAGCUGAAUUUGAUGCCUCCUCUGCUAAUAUUGACCUUUCCUCGAGACGUAUCUACGGUGAUGCAACUGACCAGGCUGUCUUACGAUUCUCUGAAAGUCUUGGUCCUACUGAUGAACUCCGUCGCAAGUGGAAAAAGACACACGAAUUGCCAUUUAACAGUAAGAAUAAAUUUAUGGUGCGCACCUUAACACCGACCGAUCCGGAAGUUAUCCCGCUCGCCUUGUCUGCUGCCGAAGCAUCGGAAUUUAAGCAAGAGGACAGAUUACUCACCAUUAAAGGUGCUCCUGACAUUUUGAUCGAACGUUGUAGUAAGACCACCGGUGUUGACGGAAGCUUAUCAGCUUUGGACAGCUCGACCCUUGCAACUGUCAAAGAGCUUAAAGAUCGCUGGUCUAGUGAAGGGAAGCGUGUGAUCCUUCUUGCACGCAAGGUUCUUCGUGGAUCCGAAGUCGGCAUCAUAUCAUCAUCGCAGCAGUUUGAUUCUGAGGUCCUUCGCCAGGCAGGCAGUGAUUUGAUCCUGGUUGGUCUUCUGGGUAUUGUCGAUCCACCUAGGGGGGAGAUCCCUGAUGUGGUGAAUACCUUGAGAAUUGUAACAGCGGCGCGUGUCGACGAUAUCAACGCUCUACAACGAUUUCCCAAUCCUAGGUCCAUUGAAAAAGAAGGAACUGUAUCUUCGGCAAUCGUUAUAACGGGUGCAGACCUUACGAGUCUAAAUGAUCAUCAAUGGGAUCAACUCUGUAGAUAUCAAGAAAUUGUCUUCUCACGCACAACCCCGGAGCAAAAGCUUCGUAUUGUGCGGGAAUUCCGUGCAAGAGACGAAAUUGUUGGCAUGACCGGCGAUGGAGUCAAUGAUGCCCCAUCACUAAAAGCAGCAGACAUCGGUAUUGCCCUUGGAAGUGGGUCGGACAUUGCUAUUGAAGCGUCCGACAUGGUAUUAUUGGACUCGCUUUCCGCCAUCGUUGAAGCCGUCCAGUACGGCCGUGUGGUAUUCGAUAACUUGAAAAAGACAAUUGUGUAUCUUCUUCCUGCCGGAUCCUUCUCCGAGUUCUGGCCCGUGAUGGCCAGUGUGGUCUUUGGUUUGCCACAGGUUCUAUCUUCCUUCCUUAUGAUUAUCAUUUGCUGUUUCACAGACUGCGCUGCUGCGACCGUUCUUGCAUACGAGAAACCCGAAGCGGACGUCCUAUUGCGCCCACCUCGCAAACCCAAGCGUGACCGUCUCGUCAACUGGAAACUGAUCUUACACGCGUACGGUAUCUACGGAAUGCUAGAAACCGUUGCGUCUUUCUCCAUGGCCUUCUGGUAUCUUGAGCGUAACAGGAUUCCCUUCUCCGCAUUAUGGUUUAAAUUCGGAGCGCUCCCCGAAGGCAUUGAUCAAGACUACUACAAUGCAAAGAUGAACGAAGCCAGCUCGGUGUACUUUAUCAACCUGGUUGUCAUGCAAUGGUUCAACCUGAUGGCCGUCCGAACUCGCCGUCUAUCGAUCUUUCAACAUCCACCCGCAUUGGAUAAACAGACGCAGAAUCUGCUCCUUUUCCCUGCGAUUCUAUUUGCCCUCGUGAUGGCCGUGUUUUGGCUGUACAUACCAUCGUUGCAGGAGGUUCUGAAUACGACCAACGUCCCUGCCGAACAUUACUUCCUUCCGGCUGCUUUUGGUCUCGGGAUUCUUUGUCUUGAUGAGAUGAGAAAAGCGGGAGUGAGAAGAUGGCCGAACGGGAUAUUGGCGAAAUGUGCCUGGUGA